CCUCUUUGAUAUAAGGCCUCCCUCGUGUUCGACUCUUCACAGUCUUCAACCGGCGAUUGAGCGAAAAACAUCGCAUCUCCACACGGGAAAAACUCUCCACGAGACCAUUCUUGCAAACAAUCUUGUGCUCUUGUUUAAUUAUCUUCUAAAGCAAAAUGCCUGAAGAAGUUCAAAUGGAAGCCGAAGCCGAGACUUUCGCAUUCCAGGCCGAGAUUGCUCAGCUUAUGAGCUUGAUCAUCAACACCUUCUACUCAAACAAAGAAAUCUUCUUGCGUGAGUUGAUCUCCAACUCCUCAGAUGCCCUAGACAAGAUCCGUUAUGAAUCCCUGACUGACCCUAGCAAGUUGGACAGCGGCAAGGAUCUUGAAAUCAAGAUUGUCCCCAACAAGAAUGACCGUACCCUCACUCUCAGUGAUACUGGUAUCGGCAUGACCAAGGCUGAUUUGGUUAACAACUUGGGUACCAUUGCCAAGUCUGGAACCAAAGCUUUCAUGGAAGCCCUCUCUGCCGGAGCUGACAUCUCCAUGAUUGGCCAGUUUGGUGUGGGUUUCUACUCUGCAUACCUGGUUGCCGACAAGGUGACAGUUCACUCCAAGCACAAUGAUGAUGAGCAGUACGUUUGGGAAUCGUCAGCUGGUGGUUCUUUCACCAUCAAGCCUGAUCACGGAGAACCCAUGGGUAGAGGAACCAAGAUUGUCCUCCACUUGAAGGAAGAUCAAAUGGAUUACCUAGAGGAGAAGAAAGUCAAGGAGGUUGUCAAGAAGCACUCUCAGUUCAUUGGCUACCCAAUCAAGCUUUUGGUCGAGAAGGAGCGCGACAAGGAAGUGAGCGACGAUGAGGCUGAGGAGGAAGAGAAGAAGGAUGAGAACGAGGAGAAACCAAAGGUUGAAGAUGUUGGUGAGGAUGAAGAAGCCGACAAGGAAACAGACAAGAAGAAGAAGAAGACCAUCAAGGAGAAGUACUCUGUCGAUGAGGAGCUCAACAAAACCAAGCCCAUCUGGACUCGCAAUCCCGAUGACAUCAGCCAGGAAGAAUACGGAGAGUUCUACAAGUCAUUGACCAAUGACUGGGAGGAUCAUCUUGCUGUCAAGCAUUUCUCCAUUGAAGGCCAGCUCGAGUUCCGCGCUCUCCUUUUCGUCCCACGCCGUGCACCUUUCGAUCUGUUUGAGAACCGCAAACAGAAGAACCACAUCAAGUUGUACGUUCGCCGUGUCUUCAUCAUGGACAACUGCGAGGAGCUCAUCCCCGAGUACCUCAACUUCAUGAAGGGAGUCGUCGACUCUGAGGAUCUCCCCCUCAACAUUUCUCGUGAAAUGCUCCAGCAAAACAAGAUCUUGAAGGUCAUUCGCAAGAAUUUGGUCAAGAAAUGCAUGGAACUUUUCGAGGAGUUGGCCGAGGACAAGGAGAACUUCAAGAAAUUCUACGAACAAUUCAGCAAGAACUUGAAGUUGGGAGUUCAUGAAGAUUCCACCAACCGUAAGAAGAUCGCUGACCUCAUCCGUUACCACACUUCCGCCUCUGGAGAGGACCAGGUUUCCUUCAAGGAAUACGUUUCCCGCAUGAAAGAGAACCAGAAGCACAUCUACUACAUCACUGGCGAGAACAGAGAUCAAGUCAGCAACUCUUCCUUCGUCGAGCUUGUCAAGAAGCGCGGAUUGGAGGUCAUCUUCAUGACAGAGCCCAUUGAUGAAUACGUCGUCCAGCAGCUCAAGGAAUACGAUGGCAAGCAGCUCGUCUCCGUCACCAAGGAGGGUCUGGAACUCCCCGAAGAUGAUGAAGAAACCAAGAAACGUGAGAGCGACAAGGCCAAAUUCGAAGGUCUCUGCAAAAUCAUGAAGGACAUCUUGGACAAGAAGGUCGAGAAGGUCGUCAUUUCCAAUCGUUUGGUCGAGUCUCCCUGCUGUAUCGUCACCUCCCAGUACGGCUGGACAGCCAACAUGGAGCGUAUCAUGAAGGCCCAGGCUCUGAGGGAUACCUCCACCAUGGGUUACAUGGCCGCCAAGAAGCACCUGGAAAUCAACCCCGAUCAUCCCAUCAUCGAAGCCCUCCGCGUCAAAGCAGAGGCUGACAAGAACGACAAAGCCGUCAAGGAUUUGGUCAUGUUGCUGUUUGAAACCUCUCUGCUGUCAUCUGGUUUCUCCCUGGAAGAGCCAGCCGUCCACGCUUCUCGCAUCUACCGCAUGAUCAAAUUGGGUUUGGGCAUUGAUGAAGAUGAUGUCCCUGCCGGUGGUGAAGAAGCUAAAGCCGAAGAAGAGAUGCCGCCAUUGGAGAAUGACGAAGAAGAUGCUUCUCGCAUGGAAGAAGUCGAUUAAACGUGUCAAUUCCUGUUAUCAAAAAACACAACUCAGUUUCUCUCAAUUGUAUUUGUUCUUAAUUAAGCGUUUUUGCGAACUGGAAUGAGGGCAUUCAUUAUGUAAAACUAGUCUUAUUGUCUUCAAAUCAUGGCUUCACCUCAUUACGUUGCUCCCUCAUUCCUGGUAUUGUAUAACUACGUGCUAAGUGUUGGAAUUCAAUACAACCAAUCGCGGUUUGCUAUAUAA